CCCGGUAACCUCCGCGGCGGCGGGGCGGGAGCUGGGAGCGGAGUGACAGGCGCCUCAGCCAAUGGGAACGCGCUUGGGGCCGCGUCUGUCCAAUGGGAGCCCCCGGAGUGUUCUAGAAGGGGCGGGACCGGAGGCGCGGCCUGGCCUAUCACCGCCCCUCCCCCGGCGCCUCGUCCCGCCCGGACUGUCCCAGCGCGAGUGGAGCGGCGGCCAUGGCGGUGAAGGCCCUGAACCCCAAGGCGGAGGUUGCCCGUGCCCAGGCCGCGCUGGCCGUGAACAUCAGCGCGGCCCGAGGGCUCCAGGACGUGCUGAGAACCAACCUUGGCCCCAAAGGAACCAUGAAAAUGCUGGUGUCGGGUGCCGGAGACAUCAAGCUAACCAAAGAUGGCAACGUGCUGUUGCAGGAAAUGCAAAUACAACACCCCACAGCCUCCUUGAUAGCCAAAGUAGCCACAGCACAAGAUGACAUCACUGGAGAUGGUACCACCUCAAAUGUCUUGAUAAUUGGAGAGCUCCUAAAGCAGGCAGAUCUCUAUAUUUCUGAGGGUUUGCAUCCCAGAAUAGUAGCAGAAGGAUUUGAGAUUGCAAAGGAAAAAGCACUCGAAGUGUUGGAGCAGGUCAAAGUAACCAAGGAAAUGGACAGGGAGACCCUCAUGGAUGUUGCUAGAACUUCCCUCCGCACUAAAGUUCACAGGGAGCUGGCUGACAUCCUGACAGAGGCUGUAGUAGAUUCUGUUUUGACAGUCAGAAAACCAGAUGAGCCUAUUGACCUCCACAUGGUAGAGAUUAUGGAGAUGAAGCACAAAUCAGAAACUGACACAACGCUGAUCAGGGGACUGGUUCUGGAUCAUGGUGCCCGUCAUCCUGACAUGAAGAAAAGAGUGGAAGAUGCUUAUGUGCUAACUUGCAAUGUCUCUUUAGAAUAUGAGAAAACAGAGGUGAGCUCUGGAUUCUUCUACAAAAGUGCUGAAGAGAGAGAGAAGCUAGUGAAAGCUGAAAGAAAAUUCAUUGAAGACAGAGUGAACAAAAUCAUAGACUUGAAAAGAAGAGUUUGUGGUGAUUCAGAUAAAGGAUUUAUUGUGAUCAACCAGAAGGGAAUUGACCCAUUUUCCUUGGAUUCACUUGCAAAAGAAGGAAUAGUUGCUCUGCGGAGAGCUAAAAGGAGGAACAUGGAAAGGCUGACCCUGGCGUGUGGAGGAACUGCCAUGAACUCCGUGGAGGAUCUCACUCCUGACUGCCUGGGCCAUGCAGGGCUUGUCUAUGAGUACACACUGGGUGAAGAGAAAUACACCUUCAUUGAGAAAUGUGACAACCCCCGCUCUGUCACCCUGCUGAUCAGGGGACCCAACAAGCACACACUGACACAGAUCAAGGAUGCAGUACGAGAUGGUCUGCGUGCUGUUAAAAAUGCCAUUGAGGAUGGAUGUGUGGUCCCAGGAGCAGGAGCAUUGGAAGUGGCUGUAGCUAAUGCUCUGGUGAAGCAUAAACCUACUGUCAAGGGAAGAGCCCAGCUUGGAGUUCAAGCUUUUGCUGAUGCUCUGCUCAUCAUUCCAAAGGUUCUUGCUCAGAACUCGGGCUAUGAUCCCCAGGAGACCCUCGUGAAGGUGCAGACAGAGCACGCGGAGUCGGGGCAACUCACUGGGGUUGAUCUGAACACUGGUGAGCCAAUGGUAGCUGCAGCAGCUGGAAUCUGGGAUAAUUACAACGUCAAAAAGCAACUGCUUCAUUCAUGCACGGUGAUUGCCAGCAACAUUCUCUUGGUGGAUGAAAUUAUGCGAGCUGGAAUGUCCUCUCUGAAAGGCUGAGUUGGCUCUGGUAGUGCCCCAGGGAAUGAAUGGUGAAGAAAUCCACCCACAGGUGCACUUCUCUUAGCCCUCAGGGGAUUUUCCCAGCAGUGGAAGUUUCUCUGCUCUGUCAAGCAGCCCCUCUUUGCUAAAUGUGGCCACUCAAAAUAUUAGCAACUAUUGAAAUAUUUGGCUCUAAAGAAAAAAAAUCAGCUAUUUAUUUUAAAUCUCACUGAAGUGUACACUUGAAGUUGCUUUCCUUUUUACCCAAUAAACUUAUGUUCUGUGC